AUGAAGCUCUCUGCUAUCCUCCUAGCUGCCGUCCUUGGUAUGCCCGUCUACGGGCAGGGCGAAAAUGGGGCCGGUGAGGGUGGCUCCGUGUGUGGUGCUGGCCUAAUUUACACCCUAGCCCAGUGCUGUAAAGCGCAAGCGUUUGAUUUGGCAGACGUUGACUGCAAGCCCCCGAGAGAACCUCCUUCAUCCCUUGAAUCAUUUAAGGCGUUAUGCGCGUCUGAAGAUGAAAUCCCCCUUUUAUAG